CGGCCGAGUCAGAUGUGCGCGGCGCCCGUGCGGAGGGCGGCAUGGCAGCAGCGUCGAACCCGUACAUCGGCACGUCGGCAGUGUCCAGCCUGACGUCGGUGCACCUGCCGCCGAGCCAGGCUAUGCAGGUGGCGGCAUCGCAGCCGACGGCGGGCUACGGCCGUGAACCGCCCGAGAUGAAGUACAUGCCACCGCAGCCGCACCACCAGGGAGGACCGAACGGUCUGUCGAGCCACCACCAUCACCAGUGGGUGUCCCUGCAGACGGACGCCUCCAUGUGGUCCAUGGCGCCGGCCAGCAUGGCCGACAUCAAGCCCGCGCAGGCGGCCGAGCUGGGCCACCACCACCCGCUGAGCGGGAGCCACCACGCGCGCAGCGCGCAGCACAUGGGCUCGUGGCACCACGCCGUGUCACCGCACAUGGGAGCCAUGGGCGGCAUGCACCCGCAGCACCACCAGCACCACCACCACCCGUACGGCGGCAUGAACGGCAUGCUGGGCGGCGCGGCCCACCCGGCCAUGCGAGAAGUCCCUCACGCCGACCAGGUGCCCCCCCACCCGCACAUGCACGGGCAGCACGACCCGCGCGCGCUGGACCACCACCACCGGCACCCCAGCGAAAGCGGAGAGGAGGAGGCGCCUAGUUCGGACGAUCUGGAACAGUUCGCCAAGCAGUUCAAGCAGCGUCGCAUCAAGCUCGGCUUUACACAAGCCGACGUCGGGCUGGCGCUCGGCACGCUGUACGGGAAUGUAUUCAGCCAGACGACCAUCUGCCGAUUCGAGGCGCUGCAGCUGAGCUUCAAGAACAUGUGCAAGUUGAAGCCGCUGCUGGCCAAGUGGCUCGAGGAGGCCGACUCGACCACCGGUUCGCCCACCUCCAUCGACAAGAUCGCCGCGCAGGGACGCAAGCGCAAGAAGCGCACCAGCAUCGAGGUGUCGGUGAAGGGCGCCCUCGAGUCGCACUUCCACAAGCAGCCCAAGCCGUCCGCCCAGGAGAUCGCCUCCCUGGCCGACAGCCUGCAGUUGGAGAAGGAAGUGGUCCGCGUCUGGUUCUGCAACCGGCGGCAGAAGGAGAAGCGGAUGACGCCGCCCAUCAACCAGCCGCAGGCUGGGGCACCCGGCGGCGGACCCCCGACGCCGGACAUGAUGAUGUGCCACGGCGGAUCGCCCGGAGACAUGCACCACCACUCGCCGCCGGCCAUGAUGCAGUCGCCGCCGCCUCCACCCCCGCCCCCGCACUCCGCGCUGCACCCGGGCCAGUCCCUGGCGGCCCACUGACCCACGCUGUACCCCUGCCUAUUCAGCUGCGACGACGCCUAGCCGUUCGCCGGUCUGCAGGACAGGGGUGCGCGAGUGCCGCCACACCCGCCGCGUACAAAAAAGAAAGUGCAAUCCUCCCCCUCAUCACGACGUGGCUGUGGUGGUGAUGGUGGGUGCCGGUGUUGUGUGGCCCGGGACGGGGUGGUCGCCUCGACGUUUUUUGUACAUAUGACGCCGUAUGCAGCGCGACGGACGAUUUCUUCUAAGGGGCCUUCACCCGUCGUCGUCGGACCCAGAUGCCUCCCGCAGAGUGCCGUAAGUGUCAGUGCGCGGUUCUCCUUCGCGCCACUCUGUGACCGAACACGAGGCGACAAACACACACGCAGCGGGAAAGCAAAAACAAAACAAGGUGCCAACCAACGACUCUCCAGACGUUCCUGCUGCACGAAGAGGCGCGUUGACGUCGGCCUUCGGUGUUUGCAGCGACAAAUGUGACGCCGUGAAAACAGCCUGUACACAAACACACACGUACGCGCGCUACACAUGGACGACGCCCCACAACACUCACCGACACACCACUCGCGCUAUCACACUUUUUGUUGUUAUACGCAUUUGUCCCCCCGACAGCAACAAAUGAGACGGAGACAGGCAUGCCCAACUAGUCCAGGUAGGCAGACAUCACUUCUCUCGCUCACUUCGCCGUGUCCUUUUUUUUUUUUUUUAUUUCACCUACGUGACUAUUUCUGUACAAGCCUGGUACUCUGUGCAUCUUUCUGUUCUCUCUUCUUUUUGGUCUGGUCAUUCUGCUGACAGAUUUGUUUAAUUCGUAACGACCGUUCCUCUCUAGAGGUUAAUUACUAUUACUAUAUUUUGUUUUCUUUUUCGUUUGACCACGUUUUAAAUCUGCUACUGUUUGUUUUAUGUCACAUCAUUUUAUAAUUUUUUUUUUCGCGGGCUGUUCUGCUCAACGUAUGAGUACAUUGCAGUCUCUGCUCGUAAUUCGACGCCUGCACGUGUUAUUCUAUUUCACCCUACAUGCACGUCUAAAAGAACGUGAGGGAACUAGUUCUUGAAGGCACGAUGGCGUAAUUAUUAAAAAAAAUUGACGCUAUAACUUUGUAAUCAGAUUGGCUUUUAAAGCAUGACCUUGACAAGAGGGCUUCAAAAAAAAUUUAGAAAUGUGUACGUCGCCCUGCAAAAGUUACUUCGUAGCAAUAUCGAAUUCCUCCGCUGACCGCCGCAAAUGCAGUAGAACCAAUCAAUGCUUACUUGCGUCUUGAAGAAAGAAAAACAACGUUUACAUGAUGCGUGAAUCAACAAAUCAUUCACUCACAAUUGCUCUUUAGCAAAUUUCCGAAUGGAAUCCGCUUAGAAGCAGGACAACGAUGAUGAAGCAGGACAGUCCGCCUUUCAUUUAAUUUCUUUGUUAUAUUUGCCUCGCGGGUGUGUGAAACCCGUGCGAGCAUGUCCACACCGAUCGCACCCUAAAACGUGCUGGGAUAGGCGAUCGUAAACUGUCUUUCACAAAGCGAGACGUUAAUAUACCUCAAAAGAAUACCACUUCGCCUGCUGCUCCCCCGUGUGCGUGUAAAAAAAAAAAAAUUUCUUCAUUCGUUAGGUCAUUGUUUUGUUCCGCGGUGUUUCGAUUGCGUAUGUGUGUGCUGCGUCCGCGUAUUCGUACUGUGUGUGUCCUUUCCUCACAUUGUGUUUUAAAGUGUAUGGCUAUGUGUAUGGUGUAUGGCUGUUCUAUCUCCUAAUCUUUUCGCUUUACGUUUUUCUGGAGGAGGGGGGGGGGGGGGGUGGACUUGUUUCUUAGACUUUCUUUACGCGUAACGAAUGGAGCUAUUGUGUGUCGGACAAUAUAAAUAUAUAAAUAUAUAUAUAAAAAGUUCUUUACUCGGCCUCGUGCCAGUCUCCGAGAUGGUGUAUACAGGGAACAUGUUAAUUCCUUUUGUGUAACGCUAUACGCGUGGCCAGCACUUGGCGCGCCGAGCUUUAAAAGUCUUUUUCGCUAUUCACGGGCGGGAGCAUCGUAGCGGCACGCUUGCACUGCUAAAGAAAAAAAAAUUAGAGUGAUUACACAAAAGACCUUGAGGAUGCGAGGACAGCAAUAAACGCGUCGACUGUUGUGCGUACUUAAUUAUCAACGCGGUAAUUAGCAACGUCUUUUUUUUAUUCGUGCAGACCCCGAGAUAGAGGAGAAAGAAAAUUGCGGGUCCCUCGUGGUCGUUCCGCAGCAUUUCAGGCAAGCCCGAGGAAGUGUAUUUGUAUCGCACCGAUCGCUUAUAAAACGGCGAUGACAUUUUGCGAUUGUGGGUCUCGCGGCGAUUCUCUCUCCGCGCGAUAAAUUUUGCGAAGGCGAUAUAGAUACAUAAUAGAAUAAACCGCUGGCAAUUGUGAUGGCGAGACAAUAGUCUCGGAAAGAAAGUGUGACCUUUCCCGUGGCGUUGUUGCUUUCGACGCGUUGAUGCGCAUUUAUUACUAUAUAUUUUUAGCUAUGGAGAGUGCGCGAAAGUAAAGCGACCCAAGAGCACGAAGUUGAGGUGUAUAGUGUGUGUUCUCUCGCGAGGAACUUGUUUUAGGGGCGAAACAGUUUAUAGGGUCGGCGUGUCAUGUCAUCGUCACGGGUAUGCCUCACAAAAAUUUUGUAAAUUGCACUGUCCGCCGUGCACCAGGCAGUUCAUACUAUAUGUGUACUAUGAGUUAAAUGUUUUUUUUUUCUCACUUUCUGACGCGUUCCUAUUCGAGCAUGUAUACAUGGCUCUGAGGUAUGUCAGCGUUCCGUAUUAUAAACGAGCUUGGGUGGUAGCGUUUGCUAAAUUUUUUCCGUCUCGUAAAUCCCUGCUUGUUUAAUUCCGGAUGAUUUGAUUGAUUUGUAGAGUUUAACGUCCCAAAACCACCAUAUGAUAGACGCCGUAUACUGGAGGGCUCCGGAAAGUUCGACCACCUGGGGUUCUUUAAGAUGCACCCAAAUCUGAGCACACGGGCCUACAACAUUUCCGCCUCCAUCGAAAAUGCAGCCGCCGCAGCCGAGAUUUGAUCCCGCAACCUGCGGGUCAGCAGCCGAGUAGCUUAUAUACCACUAGACCACCGCGGCGGGGCUUAGUUCCGGAUGAUGCGUUUCGAAACAUCACCAGCGAGGACCGUCAGUCGUUGCGACGGUUUGUUUUGUGCCGUACAGUGGUGGCAAUUCAAUGUGGAGGGGCGAAAAACAAAACAAAAGCAACGCUACAACAGAGCAACAAAAAACGUUGAAAGACUACGUAUACGUCACUUUAAAAUGUCAUCGAUGUCAUAGCAAGAGCUGACAGAGGCAGCACCCGUUGCUGUGUAGUGCAAUGCAGAUUUUUUUUUUCGUCCCUUAUUUUUCGAUCUCCCCCACGUUGUUACGAGCCAGCCAAAUGUUCUUGCCUCCCGUAAACGAAAAAAAAAAAGUAAGAGCGGGAAAACGUUCAAGCGAGAAAAAGAAACGUGCGCUAUUUAUCGCCAACAAUGCGACGCCGUUGUGUGCGUUCUCUAUCGAGAAUAGAGAGCUGAAGGAACAAAUUAAACAACUAAAAUGGAGCAAUAUGAAAUAGUUUAGCGAAGAAUAGUGUUUCGAAAUCCGCAGAUUCCUAAAGCUUCUUCCCGGCAGUGACGGAGGAGCGUGUGCCAUAUCACGCCGUUUUGCAACUGCGCGCUUGGCAGCCAUGACGACCGAAUAAUUGAAAACAUAAAAAUAAUAAUAUUAAUAAUAAUAAAGGAGCACAGCAGCAGUGACAGACUGUAACUAUAUAGGGAGGAAAAUCGGCGAUUUCGAAAUCAGCGCCAUGACAUCGUCGACUUUCAGUUCUUUUGUGUAUGUUUUUGUUCGAACCAAAGAUUCUAUGGGUGAUUUAGCUUUGGCGCGCGAAUUUUUAUUCAGUUUUUUUGUUGAACUCCGCAGCCACAGACAUACUCCCAGGCGCGCGCCCUACAAGGCAUCUCAGCCCCCGAUGAUCAUUUUCUCCCUCCUUAUCCCUGCUAUAGCAGCAGUGUAUAGCGCGAGCUAGAAAGUCUCGCAAUCCAGUCGGGGGACGUAACAUCUGCAGCGUAGAAAGCUUGGUAUAUGAUCGCCCUGAGGGCCGACAGCUUUUUGAAAAUGUGUGCGCGCAGGCAUGUGAGAAACGACAAAGAGAAAGAACGAGAAUAUCGGCGAAAAUGCUUCUGAACUUGAGUGCUCUUCUAGGAAAGUCUCCGAGGCGCGGCGGUUGGGCUGUGACGUUAGGGGCGUCGCAUUGUAGCAAUGCCAGCGCGAAAGGUCGCCGCAGGCCCGUGUAGAAAUGCAAGAAAGCGUCGUUGUAAGGUGCCCAUGCAUCAACGAUAUAUACGGAAAGCCUGGCAGAGUAUGUGGCAACAUGGUGUGAAGGAGAGAUACGUCAAAAACGCGUUAAUAAUAAGGCAGCUGUCUCGCGUGUGGUACGUGGUCCCUGCAGAGAACUGUUACUGGUAGUUCAUUUAUAAUGCCGUUUGCUAAGCAGAGCUCAGCCGGGGCACACGUUGCUGUGGCGGCGCUGUAAUCAAAAUUUAUAUCGAUGAGUUAGGUCUUUUUUUUCUCGUGGUUGCUUUGAGAGAAUGCAGUAAGACUUGUGUUGUGUCACGAUAACUAAUGGGAACCACCUCGUUGUAUUAAGGUUCGCUUACAUCUCAUCUUUCAGUAGUGCGUGAUUUGUGAUGGACUAAGUCGUGAAGUUGCGUAAUCUUCAGACACACUGAACUGGUAGGAAUUUGUUGACGUUUGCAUAUAGAUACGGCUGGCUUAAUAAUCGAGGUUGCUGCCAUUGCUUCUACGUUUAUCGAUCAGCCAUGAUCAUUACCGAUGGAAAUCUACCGCAUUUAGGUAGGGGUGUUGGAGUGACAAGAAAAUGCCCGUGUGCUCUAUAAUCUGAUCGCCCGCACUGAAUGCGUACCCGGUACCCCAAAGUAUAUAGAGUUGAGCGUCUCAUUUAGCUUUAGCACACACGUUUGGAAUGUGAGAAAUUGCUGAGUCAUAUGGUCGCGACCACCGUGGUAGCAAAAUGUUGGAAGUCAAGAAAGUGAAACGUAAAGGAAGUACGAGGAGGUUAUUGAGAGGAAAUUUUCGGUACGCUACUUUGUGCGUAGGAAGUCAAGAGAGUAAAAGAAACGCAAAAGGUCUGUAAAGAUAUAACAAAGUCAUUAAGGCUAUUAGACUAGGCACAAAUAAUGUGCUAAAACAUUUUCUGCGUAAACUGCAAUGCUUAAAUGUUGAGGCCUGUACGUGGACGCAUUAAGCUUAAGAAAGGAAGGUCGCCAUAUAAAACACCGAGUCACGCGUGAAGCUUGCGUUUAAAAAUGAGGGGAUCGUCGUACUAAUAGACCUAUGUCAAGAUCGACGGUCGACGUUCGGCUGGUUGCACCGUCACAGACAAUCAUCAGCUGACCGUUAAUUGCUGUUCCGUAUCUUACGUUAUUUUCCUCGACUCGCAGCGAAUAGUUAUUUAGCAGAGAACCAGGGAAGCCUAUGAGCACUCGCGCUUUUAUUUCAUUUUUUUUUUCAUUAUUUUGAUUUAUUUCGCGAAACGAACGUGGUAUCCAGUUUGGGCGAUAAAACUGGUGAACGUGCGAACGCGAUGUUUCUCUGCGCGUAAAAAGUGUGUAUAAGGUGAACGUGCAUCGCCGUGGCUUUUCCCUGCGUGUCUAAUUACUUGAAGUUGCGACGAAAAUGGCUCGAAUUGAAAUGAAGAAAUUGUUGAACGACAACGAAAGAACAAAACAAAACUGCGCAAAAAGGGUGAGUCGACAGUCCAUUCAGCGACGCUUCCGACGGCUCAUAAUUUAAGCGUUGAAUGGUCGCUAUAAACAUUGUGCGCGUAGCGUAGGAGAGAUAGAUAUGCUGGCAUAUUCGCGAAUCGUGUACGCGAAUCCUUUUGUGAAGACGCUCGUAGAAUGAACUAUAUUAUGGAGGGAAAAGGAGAGAAUGAGAGGCAAGUCGUGCUUCUAUGAUUGUUGUGUCGGGAGCGUUUACAUCGUAUUCAUUGACCUUAACGGAGACGUUGCUAUGAAAAAAGGAAAUUGUUUUAAAUGGAGGAAGUAAAUCAUUCCUGCCCCGAGCGUUGCGACUCCUGAAAUUUCGUUAAUGGUCUUAUAAACGAGAUUGAAGAAAAGUGCAAUUUAAUGUGUACAGUUAUACGACGCUUUUCUAAUGCUUCGCUCCGUUUAAUGUAACGUAAUUUAUCGUUCUCCCGGUUUGUGCCGUUCGUCUGCAGGACACGAGGUUGCCAGAGCGAUCGCCUCGGUCGUGGUCCGUGUGACGUAAUGCGAGAGAAACAAAUUGAUGCUCGCGUGCCGUGGUUCGGAUGCGCAUUUAAAAACGUCAGCUUGGUCGAAUUCUAUAGUUCCCACGCUGAACCGUCUCCCAAUAGGGCGGUUACGUUGCUUCGGGACUCGAAAUCUCACUCUACUAUCGAUUUCGUUCGUCACAAACAGUCAGUACCAGCACGUCGAGCCGUUUCGUUCAUUACAAAGUCGUGCAGCUGUAUGUGUGUAGAUCGCUAUAGGCGUGCGUGGUCAGGUAGAAAUAAAACUAGCACGAAUAAAAGCAUUCGAUGAGCGAUAUCGAAACUAUGGCAAAUGCUAUAAUGAAUUGGGACGUGCAAGGCGAUUGCUCCCGCCUUAGCUAGAGCAAUAAAUGGACGCUCCAUGAUUAUUUUUAACGACAUUAAUUAACAAUGUCCACCCCUCUUUGUUUUGCAUUCUUUGUUUUUCGAACAGGUUGCGGUGAGAAGAGAAUUGCAGAAAUACGUGGGAACUAAUUUCACGUAGCCUUUAGUGCAAGUUGCAUCUCGGCAAAUUAAGCGACGACGUUGGGAAGCACGCAUUCUCCUUUCCAUAUUUGCAUAGUAGAUACACGACAUUCAAAACACGAAGGAAUCGAAAAAAAGAAAACUGGGGUGUCGAGGUUGAAGUCACUACGGCUACAGAGCCAGCCCUUACGGGAAUGCGGUCAAACAUGGAGAGUUUUGUCGAAAAUGCCAUUAUCGUAUUGGCAUCCUUCGCUUCCUAUUCCGUUUGGAUUUACUAUAGACGCCGUGAUCUGUGAGGAUACGGUAUGGAUUUCGUACUUUAAAUGAAGACCAGUAUGGGUGUAAUAUUACGUUCGCUCUCUCCCUCUCCUAAAUUAUACGAACUGUAACUUCCCACCUACAGAACAUCACUGGACACACAGAGGAACACCGAGGGAAGCAUUCCUUUUUGCCUCUCUUGUACAGUUGCGAGUGCACAUGAUAAAUGUGUGUGUACAGAUUCACUUUGCAUUCAGGGAAAUACGUUCUCACAGAAAGCUAUAGAAGCAAGUCUGUUCCUUCUUCGUGCUUGGACACGAUUAACGACGCACUGAAACUAUUAGGAAAAAAAAAGAAACAAGCAAAUAAGCACACGCUGUUGUUUUGUCUGGGCAACGAGUUGUCGACGUCCGCUUCGCUGGUGUGUAACAGUGUUUCGCGUCAGUCCAUGCACGUCCUCGCGUUCUGUUCUGUCUUUCAGCCUGCUUUCCUAAUUGCGUUUUGUACUUUGUCCUUCGUCCUGUAAGACGUCCUUCCUCUGAGACAUGAUUCGAAAGGUCGAUCUUCCCGCUUAUAUAGCCCACGCUUGACGGGUGCAAGUUCUGCGAUAGCGCGUGGUCUCAACGGGGCAACCACAUGAAGCGUAUUUGGCGCGCCAGCUCGCGUCCAUCUCGCGUCGUGGAGCAGUUACGUCUGAAUAACGGCUGAAUUUUGUUUCUAAGCAGUUUUUUCCAAUUCAAUCAGCAGCCACACAGAAUAGGUUUUUUUUUUCUUUGUAAUCAAGAGGAGUAGAAAGAUGAGCGGUGCGUUACUCAGUACGCGAGAAAGACGCGUCAUGUGGUUCGCCGUCAUCGGACGACGCCUAAGUGUAGGUUGAAAUGAGUGUAGCGUAUACAAUGGCAACAAAGAGAUGGUAACGAUGUGAAAUAUGGGUCAAUAGCAUAGGUAAAGGAAGUGUUGAUACUGAUAACUGGAAUUUCCAGCGAGGGUAUAUUUAAUCCUGAGUACGAAAAACUAUGAUGAAGAAUAUCCUGUGCUUGUCUCCUUUCAAACAUGACUCCGCAGAGUUCUCAAAUUCGUUUUCUUUGCACUCGAACCUUCUUGCUCUUUUGUGUCUCUUUUUGUCACUGACUUUUUUUUUACUGCGAGUCGAAUGUCACAGUGUCAAAACAACAGCCAUUGUUUGAGCGUUGCCUUUCAACCGAGCUGUUAGCCUACUUUGCUCUGAUCGAUAAUUGUAUUUUUGUGAGACUGCAGUUUGUCACACUGCCGUGAGGUGUCGCAAUGUCGCUUCAUGUGGCGCCGCGUAGUGCUUGUCCCUGUCCCCAAUUGAGCGAGGUUGUCUCAAGCGGUUCGUGGCUAUGAAAUAUACCAGCCAUCAAGAACUGUUAAAAGCAUGAUUACGUUCACUAUUACAAAUAAGAUUCUUGUCAGAGAGGUUGUUUAAAAUCAAUUUUAACUGAUCAUCUUUCAGCAUCCAUCGAUGUGUUAUUCACAAAGUUCGAGAAACCUCUUGCGAAAGUCACAAAAAGUGCGCAUUAGUGUUUGCCUAAUGACUGCGUGCGAUGCUAUUUUAGCACGAAUUUCUUGUUGCACGUGCGCUCCAAAAGUGAUAUUGCGACACACCGCGAAAUACAGUCGUCUUUCGUUGUCCUGCAUUAUUCUUCGUUUCUUAUUUCGAGGAACAAAACAAAAGUUUUAGGUCGCCUGGCACCUCAGUUUCUUUUGAAAGAGGGGACGUAGAAAUAUGUGUGGAUGUCUAGCAAAUGGAGAUGACGUAAACUCAAUAAUCUUAAAAAAGAACAAUGUCUUGCUAACCUAGACGAAGCAGCGAAAGUGUGUUUUAUUUAUUUCUUAUUUUACCGACGAAUAUUUGGUACUAUUGACUGUACAGUGAUCGAAGGUUUAGAGCAAUAUGAGCUCGCCAGGCAGACAAAACAUUUUUCAACAAGUACGUCACGGUUGGGUUCAGCAAAUGGGAAGGGCAUGGACAGCUCGCCGUGCCCUGUCUGUAGACAUGCAUGAUAGAUUACAGGCAGUCUUCUGACACUAAAACAAGACGGAACAUGCCGCAGGCAUUGCCGAGAUGGAUGUGUUCAGUCAAAAUCCACGCCCUGCUUUCCUGAGUUUUUUAUAAUAAGAUGGAUCUUAGUCAAAUCAUUGUUUUUUUCUUGUCGCAUUAUAUGGCUGUUGCGUUUCGAGCCGCACAGAAAUUUAAUGAAAUGCUCUUCGAAAGUCAUUGUAGCGUAAAUUACGCCUUACACAGAGUGAUACAAUACAGUGUCCACCUGCUUCCAUAAAGUAGUGGAACAAUGCUAAGAAAGAUCCGUGAAGUAAGUUAACCUUAAGCGUGGCUUUCGCACGCUGCGGAAGAAUAGUUGAGCCAUCGCCGUACUGAAUACCUUGACAUUUUCAUUGAGAAAUACGAGCCCAUAGUGUACUGAACACAUGUGCGCACUUUGAGAUCUUCGCGAGACUGGCGCUGUCUACGUGAAGAUCGAACGUUACACGUUACCACGUAGCGCGCACUUUGUCCCUUCAAUCUGUGAGCGCUUUCCAAGUGCACUGCUCAAAUAUCGUGCUUUUCAUUGAACGUUUUCAGCCUGUCGGUAAAGUCAUCUGAAUACUUCCGAGCUUCCGCACGUAUUAUUUCUCGCCCCCUUCUUUCUUUUUAAUGUCUUGCUGCCAUAAACGUGCGCAAAGGGAUAGGGGGAGGGGGGCUGAUGGGCGGAAGAAGGGGCCCACCCUAUAUAGUCACCACGAGGAGGGUACUUAAUGAAUCUGCCCCAUACAUUUACCUAAUGCGAACAUUCCCCCCCCCCCCCCCCCUCGCCUGAUCAGCGACCCUGCGCACGGCUGUGCUACUCAGUUCUCUGCUCAGGAGUUUUUUUUUUCUUUUUCCCGGUGAAUUAGGAUGAACACGCUGCUGACAGUUCAUGUGUUGCUCUCGUUUUUCUUCCCCAGACUGCAUUAUGUUUCUGUGCAUUGUAUGUGCGUUUAUUACCUAAAUUGGCGUUUUCCAUGUGUUUUAUGUUUAAAGUGCUGCCGUGCGCAUUGUGCUACCGGUGUGAUCAUUGUUGAACCAUGUAUUCCUUCUCGACUCUACUGUAUUGUACACUCCCGUGUCAUGCACGUUUUCUUGUUUAUUUGUUUCUUGCUCCAUGCUUACGGCUACAUUCCAACAAAUGUUCAUAAACCAGGUAAAUGUACGGGCGUUCAUGUACAUGUCAGAGAGUGAGAGAGAGAUUAGUUGAGGAAAAUAAUAGCAGAGGAGAAAAAAUGGAACUAUUUUCCCAUUCGAGAACGGAUUUGUCUUCCGUGUCUCGAUCGAGUCAUUGAAAUUUCUUUUGUUCGUUUGUUUGUUUCGCUUGUGUAUAUAGAAUCGCCCGAAAGUGUGUAUGUGUGUGUGCAUUUGUAUGUCGCGAGAUGACGUGUGUGCGUGCGUGUGAAAAACAAACAAGCAAACAAAUGGAUUGACGCCUGAAGACGAAGUGAUGAGCAUGCUUGACGUGUGGUGCGCGUUUCAACUGUAAUGAAAACGACGGGUGGCGCUGUUUUUUUUUGUUUGUUUAAUUUGCCUCAACAAACACGCAAGGACGAUGGAUGUACAUAUAAAACACAAGAGACUUUGAGAGACAAAAAAACUGGUCUAUGUAUGUAUACUAUACAGAUAUAUAUAGUUGUCUAUGACCAAUCCUUUUUUUUUUUAAUUUUCGCUGCUGUGGAUGGUCAGUGGUCGCGGUUGCUGUGUGACUGUGUAUGUACUACAUAGCUUUCCUCUUUGCGUCUAUUACAAACUCACUCAGCCUCUCCCUUUCCCAAACUUUUUUUUUGUCUGUCACGCAUGCUACCUGUUUGCGCGAUGCUUCGCAAACCUAAAACACCCUCGCUGAUCACGUGACCGUCAGGUUUACGUGUUAGCCUCGACGAUCCUUUUCAAUUCUCUGUCUGUGUUCCUGUUUUUUCAAUCUUAGGGGUUUUUUUUUUUACAUUUCCAAAUGAGUGAACGAUGGACGAAAUGAUGUGAACAGAAGAGUGACGAUUAUAUGCGGACAUUUUUAUGAUGGACACAGUUCGUAUCCAUAAAUAUAUUUGUGCCUGUAAAAAGCGAAAAAAAAAG